AUGCACAAUUCCCUCUGGGACACCAGGAACAUCUACUCAGGAUGUGCUGCACAGCUGUUUUUCUUUCUGUUCUUCAUCUCAGUAGAGUACUAUCUCCUGACCAUCAUGUGCUAUGACCGCUACGUGUCCAUCUGCAAACCCCUGCACUACGGGACCCUCCUGGGCAGCAGAGCUUGUGCCCACAUGGCAGCAGCUGCCUGGGCCAGUGGCUUUCUCCAUGCUCUGCUGCAAACAGCCAAUACAUUUUCUCUGCCCCUGUGUCAUGGCAAUGCCCUGGGCCAGUUCUUCUGCAAAGUACCCCAGAUCCUCAAACUCUCCUGCUCCCAGUCUAACUCCCUCAGGGAACUUGGACUCAUUGCAGUUAGUGCUUGUUUAGCACUUGGUUGUUUUGUGUUCAUUGUUUUCUCCUAUGUGCAGAUUUUCAGGGCUGUGCCGAGAAUCCCCUCUGAGCAGAGACAGCACAAAGCCUUUUCCACCUGCCUCCCUCACCUGUCUGUGGUCUCCCUGUUUAUUAGCUCUGGCACAUUUUCCUACCUGAAGCCCCCCUCCAUCUCCUCCCCAUCCCUGGAUCUGGCCCUGUCAGUUCUGUACUCGGUGGUGCCUCCAGCCCUGAACCCCCUCAUCUACAGCCUGAGGAACCAGGAGCUCAAGGCUGCAGUGUGGAGACUCAUGAUGGGAUUGUUUAACAAACAGUAAACUGC